AUGUCAUCUCUUGAGAAUUUGCAUAUCCGGAGAAGUGUUCGUUUAGCUGCUAAGCCUCAUGUGUCCAACCCGACUCUUCAGGCACAGAAGGUUCUUAUGGUCAAGUUGGGGCUCGCGAAUGCUUCCGAGCCUGUCGACACUGCAGAGACACAGAAGUUGGAGUCCAUCUUUGCUAAGCCGUUUUCGGAGUCCAAGCAUAAGGCUUUCAAGGUCCUAUUCUCGGACGACACAUUCUUGGAUGACUUCGUCUCGGAGGUUGAUGGGCUCCGGCCGUAG